AUGGCAGGUUCACAAUUGAAGCGCUUGAGAGCGACUCUGAAAGCACAUGGUCUGACUGGCCAGACCAACGUGAAGAAAUCCAAGAAUCGCAAGACCAGCAAGGAGUACGAUCAUGAGGAGAAGGCGCGCGUCGUCUCUGCGAUCCGCGAGCAGUUUAAUCCGUUCGAUGUGAAGGCGAACCGGAGUAAGCUACAUGCGGCAGGCGCAGGGGAUGCGAAAGUCGCCGUGGGCAAGCCUGGCAUCUCGAAGCAGAUCGGCGAGGAGCAGAGGUUGCGGUUCCACGAGUCCAAGAAGGCUCAGAAGAACCGUGCAGGAGGACUGAUCGAUAAGCGUUUUGGUGAGCGGAACAAGCAUAUGACGGCCGAGGAGAUCAUGCUGGAGCGGUUUACGAAAGAACGCCAAGCACAGUCUCGGCAGUCCAAAAAGUCUCUUUUCAACUUAGACGAUGAAGAAGACGAUGGGGACGCUUCAGGAGCCUUGACGCAUUUCGGCAAGCCCCUAGCGUCUGACUUUGAAGACGGUGAUCUUGGGGUCGGCAUGGCGGGUGCCCUAGGGCCUAAAAGAGGCCUUGCGGACGACGAGAUGGAGCCAGAGGUGCCGAAGAAGAAGACUAAGGCGGAAGUCAUGAAGGAAGUGAUAGCAAAGUCCAAGUUCUACAAGCAUGAGAGGCAGAAAGCGCGCGAGCAGAUGGAAGAGGAGAUUGAUCAGCUAGACGACGAAUUUGAAGGAAUUAUGUCCGAGCUGCGUGCUGCUCCACGGGCACGUACUAACCCGGUUGAGAGUAAACCAUCUCAAGAACUGGAAUACGACCAGAAGGUUAGAGAGCUGUGUCUAGAUAGAAGAGCAGCACCUGCGGAUAGAGUCAAAACCGACGAAGAGAUGAAGCAGGAAAGAGAGGAGAAACUCAAAAAGCUAGAGCUAGACAGAGUAAACCGUAUGAAUGGCUUGGUUGAUGGAGAAGAUGCACAGGGUGUUGAGGAUCUGGACAAUGGUUUUUGGGAAGCAGAAGACUCUGACGCUGGAGAAUACGGAGAGUAUAUGGAAGCUAUUGCUGACUCUGACGACGAUCUCAAGUUUGAAAACGAGCCAGAAACCGCUGAGCCCACUGGUACAUCGCAUAAACAAAAGAAAAUUGCAGCUCUGCCCUGCCCCAUCACCCAUGCUGAACUCAUGGAUGUACUCACGGCGUAUCAACUAGAAGAACAACCACAUGUUGUCAAGAAUAUUAUUAAGGCCUAUCAACCAAAAUUGGCAGAGGGCAACAAGGAAAAGCUGGACAAGUUUAGCGGUGUGCUUCUUCAUCACAUCUUAUUCCUCUCUAGUUCCGAUUAUGCAUCUCAGGCAGACGUGAUAGUUGAAGUACAGAAUUCAUUAAUUUCCAUACUAAAGUUGAUGUCUGAAAAGUACAAUCAGGCACUCUCCGAGGCCUGCAGACAGGUGGUAACCGAAAUACAGCAGCGAUUCAAAGCACAGCAUUACUUGGGUUUGAAGCCUUCGGAUUUGGUAUUCUUUUCUUUGGUUGGUUACAUAUUUUCGACAUCCGACCAUUAUCACCUUGUUGUAACACCUUGUUGCAUACUGCUAGGGGAAUUCCUAGAGCAAAUCAAGCUAACUGAUUACGAGAGACUGAUCUUUGUUGCUAUAGCGGCCAAUAUUUGCGUCAGGUAUCAGAGAAUUUCAAGAAGACAUGUGCCCGAGUUGGCCUAUUUUUUGAAAAGAGCACUUGCAUCGUUACUACCAUUCAGCACGGAAAAUUCGCAAGCAUUUAACAUUAGAUUGGACAGUGACAAGCUUUCCCUGAGCAAAACGUUGGUACUGGAAGAUAUAGAGCCGACCUUGAAACUAAGGUUCUUAUUCUUGAAGGAGUAUGACGAUUCGGUUCAAGCUCAGCUUUUGGUCAACCUUCUCUCUACUCUUGACGCAUGUGUGAGCCAACUUUGGAAGGGGGUAUCGGCUUUCCCAGAACUUACCCAACCAUUCAAACCUCUCUUGUCGGCAUUCGCAUCAUCAUAUCCUACUUUUGCAAAGCCGCAGCAAAUUAUGGAAAGGAUGGAAAGAAUAUCUAAUCUUCAACAGCAUUUCCCUCUAACGUUGCAGAACCAUAAGCCUGCAGCUAUUCCGAGCUACAUGCCUAAAUUCGAAGAUAACUUCAAUCCUGAGAAGAAAUCAUAUGACCCUGAUAGAACGCGUAAUGAUAUUAACAAGAUGAAGGCGCAGCUGAAGAAGGAGCGUAAGCUAACAAUGAAAGAACUUCGGAAGGACACCAAAUUUGAGGCCAGACAGAAGAUUGAAGAACAGCGUAAGCAUGCCGAUGACUACAAAGCCAAAAUGGCACGCAUUGUCAACCAAAUCAGCACUGAGGAGGGAGCCGACAAGAAUAAGUAUGAGAAGGAAAAAAGACUGCGCGCUGGGAAGCGGUAA